AUGGAUUAUGCGACCCCACUCCUUGCGGGCUUUCUGACCUGUAUAUUUCUGCAUAAAUGCCCUGUGCGGGGCGACGUGGCACUGGCGAUCCAUAUGGCCAUUCUUUUCGGAUGCUAUCUUAUCAGAUUCUUUGACGGCUAUGUGGAGAGAUGGCAGCUCCUCAGUGACCCACUCAAGACCAUCUUCCUGCAUGACAGCGCCACUACUCUCACUACCAUCGCAUAUCGGGUGUCACCUAUUCAUCCGUUAUAUCGAUUCCCUGGGCCACUCAUCCAUAAGAUAACAAGUCUGCAAACAGCAUACAUCGUCUACUCAGGGCGCCGCCAUUUGAUCGUGGCAGGCCUUCACGCGAGAUACGGAAAAUAUGUCCGCAUAGGCCCCAACACGUUAUCCAUCAACUCUCAUGUCGCAGUCUCUCCCAUCUAUGCCAGUACUGUACCUAUGGACAAGAGCCGUGCCUACCAGUUUGGCGAUGCGAAGGGCAAGGGGUUAUUCUUCAUGAGGAAGGUUGAAGAGCACAACGGUCGACGUCGACAGUGGGCAGGUGCAUUCUCAGUACACAGCUUGAAGGAGCACAAAAUCACGUUAGAGCGGCGCGCGUUCGAGCUCGUUGAAUGCAUAGGCAUGCGGCACGAUGGAAACGGUGUGGUCAACCUUUCUCAAUGUUUGCAUCACUUUGCGUACGAUGCGAUGGGUGACAUCGUAUUUGGAAACUCUAGCCGGCUGGAUCUCAUGAAAGAAGGUGACCCUGAAGGCUUGAUCACUAGUGGUCAGUCUGCAACAAUUGCGUUCGAAAGUCUCGGUGAAGUCCCUUCGCUUUCUGAGAUACUUUGGCAUCUCCCCGUGACAGACCGAUUACGACGCCUGGAAUAUUACGCAGGGAAGUUGAUGACAGCUCGUCAGAACAUGGAUUCGUGUGCGGAGCAUCACGACUUGGCGUCGCACUUACUGUGCGCUAGUGAUCCGUCAAGGCAAAAGCUGCCACCAGAAGAUCUACGCGCCGACGCCCUCUUUGCCAUUCAAGCCGGCUCAGAUACUCCUGCCGGAGUCCUCACCUUCCUUUUCUACUUCCUUCUAUCACAUCGCGAUGUCUAUGAUAAGCUACGGGAAGAGUUGGACGACCACCUCUCCACCCAGGGAGAAGGAUUCAUUGAUGGGACUUUGGACGAGCUUCCUUACCUCAACGCGGUAGUAAAUGAAACCCUUCGCCUUGGCACACCGUUCGGCGGAUUUCCUCGCGUAGUUCCCCAAGGAGGAAUUGUCAUCGACGAUCAAUUUAUUCCCCAGGACACGAUUGUCAGCGUACCAACUUAUACUCAAGAGAUUUCGGAGGAGAACUUUUGGCCAGAGCCUCUAUCGUUCAAGCCAGAGCGGUGGCUGCCUGGAGGGCUUGGCCCUGGGUCGAGAGCACGCAAGUCGGCCAUCAUGGCCUUCUCAUACGGGCCUUUUGGAUGUUUAGGCAAAUCAUUAGCAAUCCAUGAGCUUCUCAUAGUCACGGCGCGAUUACUGCUAAACUAUGAUCUCACGUUGUCUGCAUCGUUCGACCACGAAGCAUUUUCUGCGGGAGUUUAUAACAUUCGAGCCGCGCUGUUUUCAUAUCCGCUCUUAGUUGUAGCUACGAGACGUCGAGGCUGA